AUGGAAGACCCGGAACCGCUCGAGUACCCGAUGUAUCAGCCCUUGCGGCGCACCAAGCACGACGGCGAAGACGCCCUGGCGAUGGAAUGGCCUGACGCUCCCAUCCUACUCUUCAUCUACCGCCGCGCCGACGCCGCCGAGCCCGAGGAGGUGAAGGAGCUGGCCGUGCAGGAGCUGCCGGUGGAGGGAAACACCACGGUGGUUGGCUGGUUCUUCCAGAUGGACCGCGAGCACGUCCGGCGCGUCUGCACGAGCGAGGCGCCGGCCGCGCAUGCAGAGAGCAAAGGCAACCGGGCGAGUGCUGUGACGGAGCUGCUCCUCGAGAAGCAGCUGGUCUUUUGGCAGGGCGAUAGUAAGACGGAGCUGGUCUCGUUUGGGGCGCUCGACGAGGAAGAGAUGGAGGUGGAGGAGGGGGCGGAGGAUGUGCCACAGCAGCAGGACGAGGAGCAGACAGAAGAAAAGAAGACAGAAGAAAAGAAGACAGAAGAAGGGAAGACAGAAGAUGAGCAGCUGGAAGAAGAGCGGUCGGAAGAAGAGCAGUCGGAAGAAAUGCAGAUCGAAGAGGACCAACUGGAAGAGGAGCAGGGACAUGAGCAGGAGGAGGAGGAGUAUGAAGUAGACUAUGAGGAGGACGAGGUGCAAGAGCAGCCAGAGGAAGGGGAGAUACAGGAGGAGCAGGUUGAAGAACAUGCGGAUGAGUCAAUCAUGGCAGAGCCUGUCGUCAAACCUGUCGUCAAGCCUGGCGUCAGCGAGCCUCCAAGCAAGCCUGUCAACAGCGAGCGCGCGCCGACGAUCGAGACGCAGAAAUACGAAGUGGACGAAAUUACCUACGAUUCUGGCUCAGAAGGUGGCCCGGAUGACAUGGAGAUCGACUGGGGCCUCUGA